ACUCUUAAUGCAGUCACUUGUGACAGUCUCACGCAAGGAUUCCAUCUCAUCCAAGUCUGCAUCACAACCAGGCUCACCUGAAUCUGUUGACUACAUCUCUCCUCCUUUCCUUGCUGAGUUGUUCCUGGAGAACUUGGGUACUCCUCGAUUGCUUCUCAGUUAGUGAAUCAACAAAUGCCUUCGCAGCUUCUCCUCUUCAGAAAAGCCGGUUGCGGGUGUUGCUCAGGUUGUUCUGAUCACCUACACUCAUUGCACAUGCGCCACAUCGUUACUUGUUGCGUCGAAGGUGUUCGUGCUCCUUGUGACGACUCUCUGAGCAAAGAGUUUGUCAUGCCUAUGACUUGGUUCUGGAAUCCACAUUUGUCUGUUUUUUAGUGACUGUUGCUGAGUUUUCUCUCGAGGCGUAAGGCUAGCCUGGAAUUCGGAUCAGCGCAGUUACUGUACCGGCCGCGGCGAACCUGUCCAUGUACAGCUUACAAAUCUGCGCAUUUCUACAGCUUUGAACGUCAUCAUGUUUAGAUGCAGGUCAGAAUGGGCCCGGUGCAUCAGUCUAGCGCUGCUACUGCUACUGAAGUUGCUGUUCAUGACUACUGGAUCAGCCAUCCCCUUGAGAACAGGAUAUCAUGAUCAAAUAGUUCGCCAAAGUUCUAUUAUUGAAGGCGAUUUCCGCAAGUCAACAGCUUAUGCACUUCCAGACGUUCGUGUUAAUCUGAAGGGCUCAAGCAUUCGAAAAUCGUUGCAUGCGGACAGUGGUAGAAGCUUAGUUUUCAAUUUUCUUGACGACAUAGGUCCUAUCCAAGUUGGUCCGGAAGCGAUUUCCAGAACGGAAGAGAUGGACAGCCGAACAAUUGGCCACAAAUACGAUAGCAGAAACAGGAGAUUCCUGCGAGGUGCUCGAAGUCCAGGCCCUCCUAGUCCUCAGGCAUGGUUCCUGAAACAGGAUCAAGGAAGGAGAGUGAUGGUGGGGAUCAAUAGCACAACAGCAACCGGUCAGCAAACGCAGCCAUUUUACCUCAGUCCCCACGCUCCGGGUAUUGAUCACAACAAGAAGCAAGACUGGAGCCAGGAUUACGCUGAGCCCGAUACACACCCUCCAGAAAGCAACUGAAGGCGGGUCGAAUAACCUACUCCUUUAGAUGAAUCGAUUUUGAGCAGUCUGUGUUCCUACGAUCAGAUUCUUAGUCUUGUCGUAGCAAGUCCAAAGUUCUUCCUCCAUGAUACACAACGAGUACCUUGAACCUCGCGAGGGGCGCCCCAAGAGUGGACCUUACACACACUUUGCUAACGCAAGGAAGUCGAACCGUGGCCGAUCAAAAUAUCUUGAUAAGUCCAGUGAAGUUUGACUAUGGCUACGCCUAGAAUCGAACUUGUUGUGUCUGAAACGUUUCUUAUAACCUCGUCACAGCAGUAGCUCGUCAGGAAGAUUACGAGAAUGUACAAUUGAUGUUGCUCUAACCUACACCAUAGGAACUUUUCCAAUAUUGAUCAGAUUGAAUUGUAUCUCAGGUCGGGUCUGUCAAUACCCCUUCGCCUGGCCAGUUUAGAACAUCUAUAAUCCAAGUCCACAUUCAAGUGAAGGCGCCAUGGUAAAGCGCAACAUUGAGAUUCUACCAAAUAAACGGCUUCCUACGGACAGAAACAUGUAAACAUAGUACUUGGACCAAUUUUGCCUGGUUACAAGUUUACAGAGAGUAAUAAAACAGUGAAAUUGUGUACAAUAUACUUAGCAAGAGCUACCCCAAGAAUAGCGUUCAUAGCCACUUCAAAAACUUGCUCCAUUAGAAUUGCGGGAUUCUUGAAAGCUGUAAAUUGAGUCUGCGUACCGCGGCCGAUAAUACCUCUAAUAAAAAUUCGUCUCUAGUAAGAAGAUGAGCAGC